AGCGCACGAGGUGGAAUCUUCCCGUCUCAGUCUGGUUUUCCCCCAGCGAGGCCAAUGCGGCUGCGCGUCACGCCCUGAUUGGCCGAGAGCUGCGAGCCUGAGCGCGCAGGCGCUCACCUCGGUUACUAAGGGCGAGAGUCCAGUGAGGGGGCCGGCGGCUUGUGCAGGCUCAGGCUCACGUCGAAGCCUGGCAACGCUCACCAUGCCGAACCGCAGGGCCAGCCGUAAUGCCUACUACUUCUUCGUGCGAGAGAAGAUCCCUGAGCUACGGCGGCGAGGCCUGCCCGUGGCUCGCAUAGCUGAUGCCAUGCCCUAUUGCUCCGCAGACUGGGCGCUCCUGAGGGAGGAAGAAAAGGAGAAAUACACAGAAAUGGCUCGAGAGUGGAGGGCCGUCCAGGGAAAGGACUCCGGGCCUUCAGAGAAACAGAAACCUGUUUCCACACCACUGAGGAGGCCUGGCAUGCUUGUACCAGAGCAGAAUGUUUCACCCCCAGAUAUGUCAAGUUUGUCUCUAAAAAGUGAUCAAGCUCUCUUUGGAGGUGUUUUUUAUUUUGUGGACAUUUUUAGCCAUGGCGAGCUACCUCAUUGUGAACAGCAUUUCCUCCCUUGUGAAAUUGGCUGUGUUAAAUAUUCUCUUCAAGAAGGUAUUAUGGCAGAUUUCCACAGUUUUAUAAAUCCUGGUGAAAUUCCACGAGGGUUUCGGUUUCAUUGUCAGGCCGCAAGUGAUUGUAGUCACAAGAUUCCUAUUUCAAACUUUGAAUCUGGGCAUGACCAAGCAACUGUGUUACAAAACCUUUAUAGAUUUAUUCAUCCAAACCCAGGGAACUGGCCACCUAUCUACUGCAAGUCUGAUGAUCGAGCCAGAGUCAACUGGUGUUUGAAGCAUAUGGCGAAGACAUCAGAAAUCAGGAAAGAUCUGGAACUUCGCACUGUAGAGGACCUUAUAGUGGGGAUCUACCAGGAAAAAUUUCUCAAGGAGCCCUCCAAGACCUGGGUUCGAAGCCUCCUAGAUGUGUCCAUGUGGGAUUAUUCUAGCAACACAAGGUAGUGAUAAAG